GGAGAGCGGGGGGUUUAGAGAUGGGUUUUAAAUGCUCUCCCGGGCGAUUCAUGCCCGCCGAGAGCUGCCUGUUUGACUCGCCGCACCAUACCUGUGUAGCGCUGUCGUGCCACAAAUCCAAGCCGCGGGGAUGCCCACUUCCUAAGCAGCGCAGGCGAGAGCUCUUCCCAUGCCGCCGCAAGCAUCCCGUCCCGAGGAUCCAGAUCGCCCGCUACAUGCGGGCAUACGCAUCGGGGUCGCGCUACAAGGACCGAUCGAUCGACUACGUUCUGUACCUGCCAUGCUUCCACGUCGAGGAAUGGGCGGUGGAGCGCAGCAGCUUCUUCAGCCGCCAGUACAGCGACAUGGCGAGCCUGGCGACGAGCGACGACAGCCGGCAGUCGAUGGGGACGGGGCGCCAGGCCGGAACGCUGCGCGAGCUCAUGGCGAUCCGGGCCAUCCACGGCAAGAUGUUCCGGCGCCUGGGCCUGGGCACCGCGCUGGGCUUCCGCACCCGCGACCGCCAGGUGACGGACCGCCCCGCCAUCAUCGUCUUCGUCGCGCGCAAGCUGCAUGCCCAGUGGGUGCUCGACGGGCAAAUGCUGCCCAGCACCGUCCAGGGCCCGGGGGAUCUGUGGUGUGAUGUCGACGUUGUGGAGUUUUCCUACCAUGGCGCCUCAUCCGCGGCUCCCAAGGAGCAAGUCUACUCGGAGCUCGUCGAGUGCCUGCGAGGGGAUGACCAAUGCGUCGGUCCGGGAUCCCAGGUGGCGAGCUUGGAGGUAUACGGAACCAUGGGGGCCGUGGUGCGCAGCCGCACCGGAGAGCACCAGAUAGGGUUCCUCACCAACAGGCACGUUGCCGUGGACCUCGACUUCCCGUACCAGAAGAUGUUCCACCCGCUGCCUCCCAACCUGGGGCCUGGCGUCUACCUGGGGACCGUGGAGCGGGCGACCUCCUUUGUCACCGACGAUCUUUGGUACGGGAUGUUUGCUACUUGCUGCUCAGAAACUGUCGUCCGGGCCGAUGGCGCCUUCGUUCCCUUCGCCGCCAGCUUCGACAGCUCCUCCGUGACCGCCAGCAUCAAGGGCGUUGGCGAGGUUGGCGAGCUCUUCACCAUCAACUUGGACGACCCCAUCGCCAACCUGGUGGGCAAGGCGGCGAUCAAAGUCGGGCGGAGCUCCGGGCUCACCCGGGGCACAGUGGUCGCGUACGGGGUGGAGUACCACGACGACAAGGGCGUGUGCUUCUUCACGGAUCUCUUGGUGGUGGGCGAUGGGGGCCAGUUUGACUCGGAGGGCGAUAGCGGCAGCAUGAUUCUGCUGUGCGACGGCGACAAGCCCAGGCCGGUGGGAAUGAUCUGGGGGGGCACGUCGAAUCGAGGGCGGCUCAAGCUGCGGCAGGGGCACGAGCCCCAGAACUGGACGAGCGGUGUCGACCUGGGCCGCUUGCUCGAUCUCCUCCAGCUGGAUAUCAUCAGCAACGAUCUUGCUCUCAAAGAUGCUUGGAAGGAGUUCCAACAGUCCAAGGAUUGUAGCACCGAGUUGAAACCUGGAGACAUUCCCGGGCCUUCGUCAUGGCAACGGGAAGGCGAGAUCAAGAGAUCCGGCCCCGGAAGUAGCGACGAUGCCGAGGGGCGCCAGAACGCCAAGCGCACGAGGAUAAGUUUGUAGAGAGAAGAAAAUCCCAAGAUCCCUUUUUGUCACAUGAAGACACGUUGCCAGAAACCCUAACGAAAAGAAAACCGCGCCAAUUGAGAGUCGAUUCGUGCUUGAGGACGUUUGGCCCGAUCCCAUCGUGGGGAAAGAGAUUCUUUCUCGACAUUCGCUGCCUCGCUGGAUUGUUGCGUCGAAAGUGGGAAUAAGAUCAGUAUUUGUUUUUCUUGAAGA